AGGAUGCCCGCCUAUAUCUUGUUCCUCUUUGCCCUGUUGAUCCUGUUGUUGUUUUCGAUUCGUCGUCGGUCUCAUGGGGCAGCAUAUCCUCCAGGUCCCCAAGGUAUUCCGGUCCUAGGCAACGUUCUAGAGCUCCCUCGUAGUCUGCUCUUUCUCAAGCUAGCCGAAUGGGCUCAAGUGCAAGGACCACUAUACACCGUGAACAUAUUGGGCCAACCCCUUGUUAUUAUUAAUUGCGCUAAGGAAGCAGCCGAUCUUCUGGACCGUUCAUCCCUCAUCACAGGCGGUCGACCAUCUUUGAUCAAAGCUAGCGACUUCCUCACCAGAGGACUGGUGAUUCCAUUGAUUGACAAAGGAGAACGAUGGCGUUUAAUGCGGAAAGCUACGCAUGAGCGCUUGAAUGUUCGUGAUACCAAGUCGUUUGUCCAAUCCAAAAAGACGAAGCUGCUUGUCUAGUCGAAGGUCUUAUUCGUC